AUGGACACGUCGACGCUGAAGUCACUGAGUGUGGCGGAUGCCGUGCCGCCUCCACCAGCUCAGCCUUCCCCAUGGGAGUCGCCUGUGCUGUACCUAUUUGGCGUGUUAUCUGUAGUUGUGGGGCUUAUUGCCUUUGCCAUCUUAAUUCUGGUCACUUCAUACAGGAAGCUGACAGCUGGCAACCUGGACAGAAGGUACGAUGAUGUGGAAGCCAGAGAAAAGUCGGGGCCUCAGUUGAUGGAAGAGAAGUAUCUUGUGAUUAUGGCCGGGCAGGAGAAGCCCAGUUUCUUGGCUACGCCGGCAAUGUUAGACAUGGCCUUUUUUUGGGACCCGGCCCGGCCCGGCCCGACCCAACGGGUCGACGGGCUUGAAAACAGGAUGUAG